UACGUUGAAUGUCAUUGUUAAGUUUUCUACUUUUUAUAUUUUGGUAAGAAAACAUGGUAGGUUGUGGUAUAGUCGGUUGUUCCAAUUGAAGUAACAGAGAAAAAAAUCUUAGUUAUUUCAAAGUUCCCAAAGUUAUACUGGGACAGGGAGAUGAAACAAAAAGAAUAUCCGAAGAAAGGAGACGCAUGUGGAAAGCAGCUAUACAUAGGAAAGACAUUACAUCGGAAGAAAAAUGGGAUAGAACGUUCGUUUGCUCAAAGCACUUUGUUGGAGGAAAAAGUGCAUAUCUGCAUGACAGAAAUAAUCCAUCCUGGCUUCCGACACUUGCUUUAGGCCACACAUCAAAGAUGACAACAGGGUCAACUAAAGCAAGAUAUCAGCGUUACAGUCAACGAGGCAAUAAAAGAAAAGUAUCUGAUGCAAUCUCAUCACUUUUAACUCUGAAAACUCCUCGUUUUCUCUCUGGGAAUAUGCCCUUAGAAGAUGAUAUGGCAAACUCAGACAUUCCACAAGGAGCUGAGGAGGCCAUGGCCAUAUCUGAGGAAUCAGAUCCUAAAACCUGCGAGAUAGGAACUCAAACAUGUGACAAGGGGAUUCAAACUGAGAACAUGGUGUCAACCACUGAGAUAGGGACCCAAACUGACUUAACCUCUGGACAUAUUGAACAAAUUGAAAAUGACAAUAAUGCAAGGGUUGCUGAGUCGACAGCUUUGAAAAAGUAUACAUUCUCAAGAGAAGGUCUUUACAGAUUUGCUGCUUUCGAGAAUGAUGACAAAAAAGUCUCAUUCUAUACUGGACUGCCUGAUUUAGAAACUUUAUAAGUACCAUUUGAUCUGAUUGAAUCACAGAUGAGUAAUAAUUCAAAAUGUUUGUCAAAAGAGAACAGAUUUUUGCUGUGUAUGAUAAAACUCAGGUUGAAUUAUAGCUUUCAAGAUAUAGCAUACCAGUUAAAUGUGUCAGUGUCAACUGUUCAAAAAAGUUUUCAUUCUGUUCUUGAUCUGCUGUAUACAAGAUUGAUUUUCUUAGUGAACUGGCCAGAAAGAGAGAGUCUGAGGGUAUCUAUGCCAAUGUCAUUCAGAAAAGAAUUUGGUGAGAAAGUCGCAGUUAUUCUGGAUUGUUUUGAACUAAAGAUUGAAAAACCCAGUGGCCCUUUGAACAAGGUGUACACUUAUUCCAACUACAAACACUACCAUUUAGUUAAAUAUCUCAUUGGAAUUGCUCCACAGGGUGCUGUUACCUUUAUCUCCGAGGGUUGGGGUGGACGAACAUCAGAUAAAUAUAUCACUGAAGAAUCUGGGGUUCUAGAGAAUCUUUUGCCAGGUGAUGUUGUAAUGGUGGAUAGGGGGUUUACAAUUGAAGAUUCUGUGAAUUUUUAUCAAGCAGAAUUAGCCAUUCCUGCAUUUACCAAGGGGAAAUCACAGUUACAUCCCAUGGAUUUAGAAGAAACACGCAAAAUUGCAAAUGUACGUAUUCAUGUUGAACGUGUCAUUGGUCUAGUAUGUCGCAAGUUUAGGAUCUUGGAUGGUACUAUACCGAUAGAAUUUUUGAGACUUCGAAAUGGGGAAAAUGACCCAACUAUAGAUAAGAUUGUGCAUGUCUGUUGUGCUCUCACAAAUUUGUGUCCAUCGGUUGUACCUUUUGAUUAAAUGUGCAACAUGGAAGAAGUGAUUUGAUAAAUAAUUUUUAUUCUUCAGUUAUUUGAACUAUAUUUUUAGCACCCAAAUAUAUU